UUAAGAAAUAAAUAAACAUGGUAGAAAUAUUAACACAUCACACAGUCUAAACUAAUCAUAGUACUAUUUACACCUAAGGAUGCAUUGAUUACACGUACAUUGGGAAUAAAUGAUUUACACUGCUUCACAUUCAAAAGGAAUGAUGAUAUAAUGUAUUGGAUAUUAAUUAUUUAAAUUACUUUAUGAUAUUUCAGUUGUGUACGAAUGCAGUUCAAGAAAAUGAGUAUACGUCUCUAACAAAAAGAAUCAUAACUUUUAAGAAUGAUGGAUUUAAACAAAUUUAUUCUGAUUUUACUUGUAUCAUUUUGCAGUUUCAGCUUCAGUGUUCAAUGUAAUUUGUAUUCUGCCCGUUCGCGACGGGUUUUACCAGCUGAUUCAUAUACAAUAUUAGGACAAGCUGGUUUUCGACGCUUAGGUCAGUGUAAUAUCACUUACGCGUGGUUGAUGUCUCCACCAACAUCUAGUUUAGAUGCUUACGGACAUGCUUCAGCGUGUACAAGACUACAACUGUUAGACGGUCAAAUAAUACCCACUUCUUCUUAUGACUAUCCCGACGAUUAUUCUACUAAGAGUGAUAAAGAAGUGAACCAGGCUGAAAAAGAAUUGAAGCAUAUCAAUAAAGAAUGGUCAGCGUCUUUAGUUGACUUAGAACGUCUUGAUGUAUUGAUACGUGCAGAGGUUAUCGGUAUUGGUCAACCGAAACAAUUGGCUAGUGAUGCACGUUAUUUUUUUCUUGCUGAUCGUGUCGGUGAUUUAAAUUUAAUGGCCGUUCUACGUCCAGAUAAACAAUUAAAGCUUGAAUUAAUCAACCCAUUGGCUUCGGAACACUUAGUUUUAACGCCACAACAUGUACUUUGUCUACGUAAACAGUGCCCUGUAAAUACCCAUGAAACGAAUUCGAGUAUACCAAAGCAAGAAAACACUAGCACAAUUUCUGGGACAGCAGCGACUGCAGCUGCAUUGACUAAAGCGGAACGUCAGAAUCGUGAGCUUUAUAUGCAAUUGGUUAUCUCACGUGUUGUAUGCGCUUUAAUAAGCUUCAUGUGUGUUGUAUUUGCUUUAACAUCACUAACUCUUUGCAUUCGACUUAGAAGAAGUCCUCAUUAUUGUAAAAAGCGAAUGGUACGAUCAUCUCAAGCAAGUAUUUGUAAGGAGCCACACCCAUCACCAUCAUUCUGUCAAAUGAAUGGCAAAGUAAGUAUGGGACAGGUAUCACCAUUGUUCAUUACUGAUCAAUCGCCUAGGCAUUUUGGAAUGACUCAUCUGCAGAGUGAAACAGCCAGUAUGAAUAAUAUUGUAAUGACAGGGAGUAACAUGAGUGCAUGUGAAGGGCAAACUGGUCUACAAAAUAUUCCAAUUUCAUAUUCAGCUCUAGGUCCACAAUAUGCACAAAUAUCAGGUUACCCAAUAUCUGGUGGACCUAUAGCGUCAUAUAAUGAUACAUCUGGAUUGAUUACAAUUUAUCCAGUACCAUCGCGAGGCUCUAUCAGCUCAACACAUCAUGGAUUAUUAUUACAAUGUCAAAACGGUUCUACUAGUCCAGCGCCAUCCACUCAUUCUGAAGAUAAAAAUGGCAUGUCACGUACAGGCUCCUUAGGAAGAUACUCACGUAACAGCGUCUGUUAUGGUGAUGCGACACGUAGAAAAAUUAUGUAUCAAAUGAGAAAAUCACAUCAGAAUCCGAUGCAUUCAGUUCGACAACAGAAUGAUGUUUCUACUCCCCUUCCGAAUAAUCGACCACUUCCUAUGUCUCAGCAACAAAUCCAAUCAUUAAAACUUGAUAAUAAUAAUUCUACUAAACCAGAGGAUUUAAUCACUUUCCAACAGACACCUAAUUUCACAACAGCAGUACAUCGCUUUCCUUCUGAAGUACAAUUUAAUGGAGUGAAAAAUAUACCAUCAAUUGAUAUUGAAGAAGACAAUUCAGAUGUAUUAAAGUCCAGUGCUUUCAAUCAUGUCGGUGAAUCAUGUGUUGGUGUAAUACGUAAACCUGCUCACGUAAAUUGAGUCUAAUUGACACACUGUCACACACACAAAUAUACAUAAACAUUUAUGGAGCAUCGUCACUUAGUAAAGCAACUAAGUCUAAGUGCCUUUACUUAUUUACUAGUGUGAAAUUACUCACAAGUUUCCAAUUUUUACAUAAAGCACUCUUUAAAUUCUUUAGUCAAACAAUGAGAAUGAAUCUGAAUUCAGCUGAACCACCGAACAAUUACAUAUGUGGUUUUUCAACCAAAAUGAAGCCUCAAGGUUUAUUGUAUACAUAAUGUUUUCAUACUAGUAAAUGAUUUAAACGUGGAUAUAUCUGUUAAUGUAAGACGACAUAGUCAGCUGCAUAAAACAGUUAUAAAUGUAUCCAUGCUUGUAUAAUUCUGAGUACAUUGACAAAGUCAUUAAUUCACUUAUUUCAGUUGCUGUCAGCUUGAACAAAAUCCAGACCGGUUUUAAGUGAGUUAACUGAUGUUAAUAAUCUUUAAAAAUUGCAUUUCUCCCUCUCUCUCUCUCCCUUCUUUUCUGUUUUGUUUUAUUACGCAAAUGUUUUUAUAAUGCGCUAAACUAUUCUCAUGCUGCUAUUAUUAUUAUCCUCUUUGUAAUUUGAAGAUUUCUUUCGAUCAGUCUAAUGAUCACAUUUCAAAAUACUAAUGAACAUGAUUUUCUUUAUCAGAGAGAGGGGAAGAGAGAUAUUUCAUUAUCAUCUUCGCAUUUUCACUUCCUUUGAUCUUCUCUUCUUGUUGUAAACACGUAUCACUUGUCAUGAUGUAAUAAAGAUUUUAACCAUUAUUGUUUACUAGUAAGACAAAGAAUAUUUAAAGACUGAAGGACUACUUGAAGAGAGAGCUGAGGCAGUGGAUAGCUAUCAAGAUAGUGAUCAAUGCAUAAGGGGUUGUUCGUCGAAUGAAGUGGUGAACCGCCUAAUAUUCCUUUGUAAUUUACAGGAUGUCAAUAGAAG